UCAGAGAGGCUCCCAACGAAACAAAAGACUGUCAACCUGAUCAACUUCAUCUACGAAGAUCCACUGUCUUGAAUGCAAUAUGUCAAACAGUGUUGAUCAAUGUGUCAAACGUGAGGUCUCGGCAAACCAUUGCGAAAACAACCCAUAUCAAUCUUGUGAAAAACCUUUCCAAUGUGGGAUGUGCUUAAAGUGUUUCUCUCACAAGUCUUACAUUAAGCAGCAUAUGAGGAUCCACAUUGGUGAACGACCAUAUCAGUGUGAGGUGUGUAGAAAGUGUUUUCUUUGGAAUACUUCCUUGAGACAGCAUAUGUUAAUUCAUACUGGAGUGAAGAAUUUCAAAUGCAAGGUGUGUGCAAAACAUUUCUCUAAGCGUUCCACCUUGAAAACUCAUAUGUUGUCUCACACUGCCGUUAAACCUUUUAAAUGCGAGGUCUGUGCAAAAUGUUUCUCUCGGAGUUCCCACGUGAAAAGACAUAUGCUCAGUCACACUGGAGUUAGCCCUUUCAAAUGUGACUUCUGUUCAAAAUAUUUCUCUUGCAAUUCUGGUUUAAAACAACAUAUGUUGAUUCACACUGAUGUUAAGCAAUUUAGUUGUGAGGUUUGUGCAAAAUGCUUCAAAAAACGUUUUGACUUGAAAACUCAUAUGGUCAUUCACACUGGAGUUAGGCCUUUCAAAUGUGAGGUGUGUGCAAAACGUUUUUCACUAAAACGUCACUUGAAACAGCAUAUGUUCAUACACACUGGGGUUAAACCUUUUAAGUGUGAGGUUUGUGCAAAACGUUUUUCACUAAAAUCUUACUUCAAACAGCACAUGUUGAUUCACACUGGGGUUAAGCCUUUUAAGUGUGAGGUAUGUGCAAAAUAUUUUUCUUCGAGUUACAACUUGAAAGAACAUAUGCUAGUUCACACUGGGGUUACGCUUUUUAGUUGUGAUGUGUGUGGAAAACGUUUUACUAAGACGAAAUACUUGAAAGAGCAUGUUUUAAUUCACACUGAUGUCAAGUCUUUUAAAUGCGAGGUUUGUUCAAAAUGUUUCAAACUAAGUUGCAACUUGACAGUACACAUGCUAGUUCACAGUGGUGUUAAGCCUUUUAGUUGUGAGGUGUGUGUAAAAUGUUUCUCAUCGAAGUCAUACUUGAACAAGCAUAUGUUGGUUCAUUCUGGUGUUAAGCCUUUCACAUGUGAGGUGUGUGCAAAAUGUUUCUCACAAAAUUCUCACUUGAAAAGACAUAUGUUGAUUCACACUGGUGUUACGCCUUUUAAGUGUGAGGUGUGUGCAAAACGUUUUUCUUUGAGUUACAACUUGAAAGAACAUAUGCUAGUUCACACUGGGGUUACGCUUUUUAGUUGUGAUAUAUGUGCAAAACGUUUUACUAAGAUGAACUACUUGAAAAAGCAUGUUUUAAGUCACACUGAUGUCAAGUCUUUUAAAUGCGAGGUUUGUUCAAAAUGUUUCAAACUAAGUUGCAACUUGAAAGUACACAUGCUAGUUCACAGUGGUGCUAAGCCUUUUAGUUGUGAGGUGUGUGCAAAAUGUUUUUUGUCGAAGUCAUACUUGAACAAGCAUAUGUUGGUUCAUUCUGGUGUUAAGCCUUUCACAUGUGAUGUGUGUGCAAAAUGUUUCUCACAAAAUUCUCACUUGAAAAGACAUAUGUUGAUUCACACUGGUGUUACGCCUUUUAAGUGUGAGGUGUGUGCAAAACGUUUUUCUUUGAGUUACAACUGGAAAGAACAUAUGCUAGUUCACACUGGGGUUAUGCUUUUUAGUUGUGAUAUGUGUGCAAAACGUUUCACUAAGAAGAAAUACUUGAAAAAGCAUGUUUCUAAUUCACACUGAUGUCGUCUUUCAAAUGCGAGUUUUGUGAAAAAUGUUUUAAACUAAGUUCCAACUUGAAAGUACACAUGCUAAAUCACAAUGGUAUUAAACGUUUUAGUUGUGAGGUGUGUGCAAAAUGUAUUUCGUCGAAGACAUACUUAAACAUGCAUAUGUUGGUUCAUUCUGGUGUUAAGGCUUUCACAUGUGAGGAGUGUGCAAAAUGUUUCUCGUUGAAGUCAUACUUGAACAAGCAUACGUUGGUUCAUUCUGGUGUUAAGCCUUUCACGUGUGAGGAGUGUGCAAAAUGUUUCUCAUCUAAGUCAUACUUGAACAAGCAUACGUUGGUUCAUUCUGGUGUUAAACCUUUCACAUGUGAGGUGUGUGCAAAAUAUUUGUCAUGGAAUUUGAAACGGCAUAUGUUUAUUCACACUGACGUGCAGGAAAUCUAAUGCAGUAGUUAAUUGCUCCCCGAACUUAGAUUAUAGUGAUUCAAACUGGUAAAGGAGUAUUAUUGCAAGAAAGAAGCAUUCUUUCCCUGAAAGAUUCUUAUUCAAAGUUCUUAUAUCAAUAUAGACAUUUAAAAAUAGAACAGCAUGACCAGAAUUAUUUUAAGAAACCAAAACAACCCACACUAUUAUCCCCCAUAACCGGAUAUAAGUGAGUUAUAUAUAAAUAAUGUUUUGCAUAAGAUAUAUUCAAGUUAUUCUAAAGAAAAAAAAAUGUUAUAAUGAAAUUCAAGACAAGUUGAUUCUACACGUUUAGCUGCACGUUCA